AACCAGAAGUUGGAGGCACCAAUUGUGAACAGGUUGUAUUAGUAAGAAUAGAGGUAGGAGAAUGGGUUGUAUUGGUAGGAAUAGAAGUAGGAGAACAGGUUGUAUUGGUAGGAAUAGAGGUUAUAAUGAUAGAAGAACAGGUUGUAUUAGAAGAGCAGGUUGUAUUGGUAGAUAUAUUAGUAGAAAAAGAUAAGUUGGGUGAAAUAUUAUUGAUAGGAUUUUCAGAAG